AUGGCGACUCAACAGAACGACAACAAUGGACAAACUAGUCUGGCGAUCUCCCCUUCCCUCAUCGUCGGCAUAGUCAUUCUCGCCUCGUUUGCGUGCACCAUCAUUUUCGCCAGUAUUUUCCGCUACUGCCGUCGCGGUCAGUCCGCUUUGAUCGAUCCUGAGUCCAUGGACGAAACAGGCGGGACCGAUCACUACAAUCCCAACAAACAACGAUCGGCAGCGCAGGUUGCGAGGUUGAGAGAGGUCCGAUGGAUCAAUAAUAUGUACGCGUGGGAAAGAGGCCGGCAGGCACGGAUGGCUAUUGGAGAGAUCAGACCGACCACCAUGCUGAUGGGACGGAAGGGAGAGAACAAGAACUGGGACGAGUAUAGCAUCGCAGGGGACAAUUCGUGGCAGAACGAUAUGGGCACGAGCAACGCUAAGGGUGGAUGCUCCCAUGCUUCGUAUUUCUACAACGUCGAGGAUCCCUACGCACGAUCUAAUUCGCAGCAACGUCUCAGUCACCUCGCCCCUCCCACAGACCAGUUCCGGAACUCUUACCAGUCCACCUGCAGCGGCAAUGGAUAUCUUCCUCGUUACCCGUCUGCACUCCUUCCACCCUCUGUUAAUGGUCGACGUGAUGCACUGCUCCCCGGAACAGUAGCUCAGAAAAGCCCAUUGAGGAACGAGUAUCAAUUCGAAGGCCAUGAGCAAGAUCCAAGUGCGACUUUUAGCCCUGGACCACCUCUCAUGCACAAUAUGGGGGAAGAUAUUGCUAUGCAUCACUUUGACGGUCUUCAAAGUCCCUCUGUCAAUCCCAAAAUCACAGUCAGCGACGAAAGCCAGGCCACUGCAUACAUGCGAUCUCCACCAGCGCUAGCAUACGAUCACAAUUUCGAGACUGUCACGCUCGAUGGCAAUGCUGAGAUUGCUACGGACAAAUGGAACGCGGACACGAAUCAACGCAGUAAUUUGAGCCCAAGCCCAGAGAUUAGAGAUCAUAGCCCCUCGGUGAUUGUAACAAACGACGAGCCGUAUCCCCAACUCCAACUCCAGUUCUUGCCACAGUCUGUCUCCCAGCAAUCAGUCAGUGUGUAUGAUGAUGGAGAGGUUAGAAAAUGCAAUGGAUCGAGUGAGAGUCUGGUGAUGCAUUCUUCGGGAAGGGAAAGUCUACAGAACAACGAACGGUGCGAGGAGAAUGAGAGGAACGCAAACGGCCACAACGAGAUCCGGAGAGAAAAUGUCAAAGGCAUGAUCCAGGAGUGGGAGAGGGCGAAUGGAAGCUUUGGCAGGAGUCACUGA